GCGCUCUGGUGUGGGUGUAUAAAGAGAGGACCCUCGGCUCUGUUGCGGCGCACACAUGGGGAAGGAACUGGGUUGGUGAGAGUUUGAUACCCUGUCGGUGUCUGGAGACGCUUGAAAGAACACGGAGAUGAACACAACUGAGAGGUUUUACCUUCACGUUGAUGGCAUCCUCGAAACAUUCAACUCUCUCACCGGGCAUCACCAAUCACGCAUUACGCACCCAGUUCUUGAGAGCAAAGUCAUUAACCCUGUACCUCAGCACCCCAUAGUCUCAAACAUAUCGAAAACAGGUAUGGGUAUCAUCAAAACGGUUCAAGGGCGCUUGAGACAACAGGGCAAGAAAGUUGUUCCGCGUAGAUCCUCGAGUUCUGGCAAUCGGCAGGUUUCGACUGAUCGACUCCCAAAAAGGUCCAUGGAUCUGCUGGAGUUGGGUCUGACCAAGCCAAGGAACUGUCACAGAAUAGUUGUGCUUGGCGGACCUAGAGUAGGCAAAACCAAGAUCCUCCAGCGGUUCUUGGGGGAAGAAUUUGAAGAGCACUAUGAACCCACAACCGAGGACUUUCACAGAAAACUGUUCCACAUAGGAGGAGAGUCGUACCAGGUCGAUCUUCUGGAUGCCGCAAGUGAGAGGAACUUCCCUGCAAAACGGAGGUUAUCCAUACUGACAGGUGACACCUUUCUGCUUGUGUUCAGUUUGGAUGACAGAGAGUCUUUCGAUGAAGUCUGCGAGCUUCUCAACGAGAUCAAAGCUGCCAAGGCAAAGUUACUUAAAUCAAAACAUCCCGCGAGAGUACCAGCCGUGAUAUGCGGGAAUAAAGGGGACUUGGGAGCGCAGAGAGCCGUCGCGCGGUCAGAGGUGACAGAAAUCCUCGGAGAGGACGUCGCAUUCUUCGAAACCUCGGCCAAAGACGGCACCGGACUGGAAGAUAUGUUCAGGGCCCUUGCCUCUCUGGGCGGACUGCCUGACGAGACCAGUCCGUCGCGGCAUCAGAUCGUACCCAUCCGCACCUACCAGUCGCUAUGCAUCGACCAGAGAGGCAGGAGAGGGAGCCGGACGCGGGGACUCGGAGCGCCGUGUGCCGCCAUGGACCCUCUGGCGCGCCGCCCGAGCUUCACCAGCGACCUGCGGCUGGUGCUAAGAUCAAGCACCAAACACAACAAACCCGAGAGGUGUCAGAUUCAAUGAAUUAUGAGCCUUCUCGAUAAACCAAUUGUAGUAGUAUGCUACAAUGUCGUAUUAUGUAAGGAGUUAUACUCUGUAGCAUCUGGCUGGACCGGUGCAUUCAUAAACUGUUUUUUGUAUGACUGAUGUAUGUAUGAUGUAUAACUGUAUUAUAUUAUAAUAAAAAUAUUUCUAAUUGUCAUAUACGCUUUGUCAUAUGUUCUAUCAAAGUUGUAAUUCAGACAUGUAGUUUAUUUAAGAAACAGGUCAGUGAGAUAGAUACAGAUAGCCUAUUGUUACUAUUAGUGGAUAUAAGCACUUGUUUUCAAGUGAUGCUGCAAAAACAUGACCGUAAACCGUGUGUGUGGGAGGAGAUGAC